AUGACUUUUGAUGAUUUAUAUCAAAAGGAAUUAAACCGAAAUCAAGCUCGAGCUCAAACUGAAGAACUAGAAUCGACACCAUCAGAAUUUAUUCAUAACUCUCAAUCUCUAACCUCAGGUCUUGACGAUCUGAUAGUGAAGAGCAAAAACCUUUUAGACGAUGGAAUUUCAGCUUUAAAUGGAAAUUUCAUCCUUACAGACGAAGAAGAAGAAGAAGAGGGAACAGAAGAAACAGAAGAAGCCCAUGAAGACGAUGAAAGCAAGUCACAAGAACAUGGAAUUGCCAAACCCAAAGAGCAUGUAAUCUCAGAAUCCGGAACUCAGAUGAGUUCAACAUCCAGUUCAUCAUCCACAAAACCAAUCUCAAUCAAAAACAAAACUUCAUCUUCAUCAAUCCUGAAAUUACUCAAACGUCGAAUCUCGAAUCCAACCAAAAGGAAUUCCUCGCAUAGUAUUCCAAAACAUGAGUCGUACGCUUCUUCUUCACUUCGCUCAGUUUUGAUCGAACCCAUGAUUUCUAAUUACCCCAUCUAUCCUCAUCAUCCUACUCGUUUCCAGUCGGUCCAAACCACAAAGACCAAUUUGGAGUCAAUUCAAAGAAAUCAUCAAACUCUAUUGCGCUAUAAAUCCGAUUCCGAUUCCAACACCAUACAAAACAAAACCAAAAACUUCUCACAAUUUCUUAAAUCCACUUCGGUCUCAUUAUUUCAAAAUUUAAUUUCUUUCUCUCAUCAUUUCUCUAAAGCUAAUAUGAGUAGUCGAUAUCACUAUGAUUCGAUACCUCAUCGUCCUGUGGAUCCUCAAAACUCGCGUCAGUCAACCAAACCCAUUUCCUCUAGUUAUGUUUCUUUUCCUCCUUAUUCAUCCUAUUUUAAAUCCAAGUGGUUUAGUGCUACAUAA